UCUUUCCCUUCUUAGACUACAACUCCCGUGAUGCCAAGGGGGCGAGGGAGCGCCCUACCGGAUAUCCGGUGGGAAGCAGCAGUGCCAGUGAAGCGGGGGCAGGAAAGCAGCAGCCCCUCCGCUUUGCCUGGAAAGAGGAACCCGGGAAGGGAUCGCCAUGAUUCGCUUUAUUCUGAUCCAGAACCGAGCCGGCAAAACACGCCUGGCCAAAUGGUACAUGCAGUUUGACGAUGACGAGAAGCAGAAGCUCAUUGAGGAGGUCCACGCAGUCGUCACGGUGCGGGAUGCGAAACACACCAACUUCGUCGAGUUCCGCAACUUUAAGAUCAUCUACAGGCGUUACGCGGGGCUCUAUUUCUGCAUCUGCGUGGACGUGAACGACAACAAUCUGGCCUACCUGGAAGCCAUUCACAACUUUGUGGAGGUAUUGAAUGAAUAUUUCCACAAUGUCUGCGAACUCGAUCUGGUGUUCAACUUCUACAAGGUCUACACUGUGGUGGACGAGAUGUUCUUAGCCGGGGAGAUCCGAGAGACCAGCCAGACGAAGGUCUUGAAGCAGCUCCUCAUGUUGCAGUCCUUGGAAUGAGACCGAGAGAGAGGAAGAGAGGAGUCGAUCCCGCCGGGUUUCUCCUUGCAAGAUUCUGCCGCUACCCCUCCAGGCUCAUCUCCUCUUACCCAGUUCCCCCAAAUCAGUGACUGACUCAGAGCACAUUUGGCCACUCGACCCCCAGCUGGCAGCUGGGCACUGGGGAAGCAUCUCAAGUUGGCUGCCCAGGUCUCCGGUCCGGCCUCACCCAGCGUGGAAGAGGUUGGGAGUUGCCCUGGCUGGGGCUGGGUGGCUUUGCUGGAAGGGGCUGAGGAGGGGGGACUGGAAGUGGGGAGAGCCCCCACCCUCCUCCUCCUCCUCCUCCUCCCGCCUUCCCAGCGCACCCCCUCCCCUGUCUCUGGCCCCAGUUUCCCACCCCUUCACGUGCAUGUCUUGUGCCGUGUCUGCAGUAGAAGAGGGACCAGGACCAUGUGUGUGUGUGUCCAUGUCCAUGUUGUGAGUGGUGGCGAGUGCUUUGUACUGCCAGUGAAAUGAAAUGCUGAAAUAAAGUAGCUGUGAAACACGUUCAGAAGCUUGCCACAGGUCAUGGGUGGCACAGGAUGCUGCUGUAUACCGAGUCAGACCCUUAGUCCACCCAGCUCAGUAUCGUCCAUGCUGACCGGCAGCAGCCCUCUGAGCCUCUGACAGAGCUCUCUCCCCCCACCCCGGCCAGCCCUGCUUGGAGGCUCCAGGAAUCCAACCUGCUGAGACCUGAACCUGCAGAAUAUUUCAGGUGGUGUCCCUACCCUUUCUUCCCAGUUUGGCCAAGAAGGGAGGUUCUGGCAAAGUCCACCCCGAGGCACCUGGAGCUGAUGAAUAAUACGGUGUCGGCAUUGCACCUCGUGCUUUGCCAAGUACAAGAGGGCAGAUCCCCGCCCUGAGGGGCUUCCAGAAAGUGCUUUCCAUGCAGGAAAGAUGCCGCUGGCAGGGGGAGGGACGGAGGCAGGGCUGGCUGAAGGAGGAGCCUGCACUUCGGAGACAGGCAUUGAGGGGCUUGGGCCAAAGGCUUCUGGGGAAAGGUGGGUUUUGAGGAAGGGUUUGGGGGGGGGUGAGAGAGGAGGAGGUGGCGGCAGCAGCGAGGGAGAGGGGGCGGGGGAGUCACUGGAGGGAGCAGAAGACUUGUGGACAGCUGAAAGUGGAUGACAUCUUGGGCAGAGAUGUAUUGGCUGCAUAACAGAGUGGGGGGGGGGGGAGGGAGGGAGAGAGAGAGACGGGCCAAGGCCAUGGAGGGCUUGGGUGGCGAGGCCCAGAAGCUUGUACAGGGAGAAGUGGGAAGCCAGGGUCGAGGCUGAAGGAGGGUAGGAACCACUGUUCCCUCGAAGGCGUGCCCACGCUCACAAGUGCUUGGGUGUCCGCUCAGUUCAUUUUAGAUCCCGCUCCGGCUGAAUCAGGAAGGCCCCACUCGGAAUGCAGGUGCGCACGCACUGCCUUGAUACUGCCGCCCAGGAAAAAACUCAUUCUGCACAGAGAUGAAAAGAAUUGGCGGGACCACUGGUAGGAACAUAGGAAGCUGCCACAGACUGAGUCAGACUGCUGGUCCAUCUAGCUCAGUGAUGUCUACACAGACUGGCAGCGGCUUCUCCAAGGUUGCAGGCAGGAAUCUCUCUCAGCCCUAUUUUGGAGACUCUUUAAAAGCCCAUCUAGUCCAGCAUCCUGUUUCACACAGAUGGUGGCCCACCAGAUGCCUCUGGGGAGCCCACAGGCACGAGCUGAGGGCAUGCCCCCUCUCCUGCUAUUGCUCCCCUGCAACUGGUAUUGAGAGGCAUCUUGCCUCUGAGGCUGGAGGUGGACCACAGCCACCAGACUCCUCCAUGAAUUUAUAAGUCCCUUUUGAAGCCAUCCAAGCUGGAGGCCAUCAUCACCAUAUCCCAUGGCAAAUAAUUCCAUCGAUUAAUUAUGCACUGUGUGAAGAAGUACUUCCUCUUGUCGAUCCUAAAUAGCUGAUCCUUCUGUUCAAGAGAUGGCACCUGGUUCUAGUGUUGUGAGAGAGGGAGAAAAAUCUAUCUCUGUCCACUCUCUCCACUCUAUGCAUAAUUUUAUACACCUUGAUUGAUCAUGUCUCCUGUUCCUUCUGGCCAGCCUCUCCAACCUAUGGCGUUCCUCCCUCUGAGCCUGUACUCUGGCCAAGCGUCACUGUAGGGGAUCUGGGGCAGCACCUCGACUACAGUGUCCUCGGAGGCUUCAUCAGGAGAUGGGAGGGAAGGAGGCAGAGGGGCCUGCAAGCCUGUCAGCUCUGGUUCUGUUGAGCCAGCCGGAGUUUCAGCCUUCUCCCCCUGCUCUGGAUCUUCAUCUGAGGAAUCCUCCUCCACAGCCCGCAUGGGAGUCAUCACACCAGGAGCUCUUUGCACUGAGUGCAGGACUUCUGCCCCUGAGGCAGAUAGUCAUACCUGCAACACUCUGUGCAAUACAUUGGUAAGCACUCCCUCCCCUACUGGCAUUCUGCCUUCAUCUGGUUUGAUUGGCUAUUUAAAAUAUAUAGGGCUUGUUCACUUGAAGCUAUGUAUUGAGUGCAAUUGUCAGCUAAUUAAAAGUUGUACGCUUUGUCCUCUACGAACGUUAAAUGAGCAGGGUAGUACUCACUUUGUCUUGGUGCUGCAUGUCUCCUCUGUGAUGAAGGAGGGCCACUUGUGUGCCUCCCCACCAAGAUCCCCACUAAACUCCUUUGAUAUCUGUUUGUAAACUCCUGUUCGCAAAAGUUCCUGUUUGCAAAGUUCCUCUGGUCUAAACCAAGUCCAAGAUCUGCUGGCAAUUUGACUCACCUGAGGAAUGUGACCCCUCCCACAAGCUGAGUCAUCACCUGAAACUAAUCCCCCACUCAGGCUAAUUGGUUUUGCUCUGUCAAACACACACAGUUCCAGCCAGCCAGAAAUCAAAUGCUAGAAAAUGACUAGCCUUAACAAACAUAGCUUGCCCUUACCCCAUGGUUUUCUUUUUGUUUUAAUAAAUAAAUAAAUAUUUCCUUGCUGUG